GUCCGAGAUGCAAGCGGCGAUGCGGCUCUCGAAAGAGUGUGACCCAUGCUUUGCUGCGUUGGCUCGCCUCGUUGCCAGUUGAUAAAAACCGCUGGAGACUAGACAACUCCACAACGACACACUGAAGAGGGGGGAGGGGGGUACCAGCAUCAUCGCUGGGCAAGGGCCCCAGGGCCAGGGAUGGGCCGACGAAGAUCUGUCUCUCGAAUGCUGAGACUUGAGAGAAAGGUCCCCUGCUCGUCUGUUAGUCUCUCACUCUCUCCAGUCUUGCUGGCCCGGUCCCCUGGUCGCUCAUCUCGAGGCCCGGCCGUUCGUUGGAGUAUCCGGCCUGUAGCAGACGAGUAUCGAGGCCUGGACUGGAGAAUCGACGAGGUAUCUCGAUAACGUUGCCCCGUACGGGACUUGACCGCAAGGUUCGACGUGCUUCAGUCUUCAGAUGCUUGUGAGCUUGUCGCUGCUCGUGGCGCUUGACGGUCCCGUUCAAGCUUCUGCUUCUAGGGCACUUCUACUUUUCCAAAUGCAAUUUGUGCUGCCGCCGGUCGUGCCGCCGAACAUCGACCGACUUACACUUUAUUCUGUUUUGGGCCCAGCUUGUGGUUUGCCCACGACAUCAUCGUCACAAGCAAAGGCGCGCGCGUCUGGUACAUGCGUACAUGGUCGAAACUUUUGGACGAAGUCUCUCCGACCAUGUGGCCCGCCGGGUCGCAUAGCGGGCUGCUUUAGCUUCUCUAGGGCUACAGCAGAAAUGUCGAGGGCGAAUUGUGAGACGCAAAGACUGAGAGGGGAAAAAAAAAUAACAGAGUCAAAGACUGACGAGGGCUGCAAAUCUGCAAAGCCGGUGGCGAAAUGGAACAUACGAACAUGUAGGACCCCAAUCUGGCGAGGCGAGCUGGUUCUCCUCCGGCAGCGCACAAGAAGUCCGGUACGUUGCUUUUACUUGAUCGAAGAAUCUGCCAAGUAACUCUCGUCGAUGAGUUAACUUGACAUGCGGGAUACGCUGGUCCCG